GGUGGUGUCGGUGGAAUGGUUUAAUUAGAUCAUUGUAAUCCGUCCUAAUCUUGUUCAAAUCCAUCCAUCUGUACGUCUUUCUGGCCCCCCCACAAUUUCCUUUGUGAUUAUUUAACAGUUUUGACUGUUAUGGAGAAAUUUUUUUUUUAGAAGAUCGCCUAAUACCAUUAUAUAUCUAAUGAGGCUUGCAAAUACGGCUUAAUACGCCGAUAUCGAUCGUCGACAGAUAGCCAAUCUACUCGAGAAAAACAGCUUGUGUUUGUUUGAAAGUGAAAGAAAAUUGUAGUAACCCACAGAGUAAAGGUCAAUCGAUUUGAAGCCUGUCGUCGUUUUGAAGCCGUUUGACUGUAAAAGAGCAAGUAGUAUGUCAGAACACAACAAUCCAGAGAAGGAACAGAAACAAACUCGGUACAAAAAUACCAUACACUUGUGGGAGUUUUUAUUGGAACUCCUGGAGGACGAAAGAUAUAUACCGCUAAUUUCAUGGACAAAGAAAGAGGAUGGAGAGUUCAAGAUUAAGAGACAAGAGGAAGUUGCCAAAAGAUGGGGCCGGCUAAAACAACGAGCAGGGAUGAAUUAUGAUAAACUUAGCCGUGCGCUGAGGUAUUACUAUCAGAAAGGAAUCAUAAAGAAGGUACAAGGUCAAAGACUUGUUUACAAAUUCCACAAACUUCCUUACGCUUACAAACCGGUAAAGUACAACUGGCCUUGGCGACCACCUGUAGAGGACAACUCCAAACCAGAAAAACCUGAUGUCCUUUCCGUUCCGGUUUCCUUGACAACGCACUGGCCUCUGAUGUCCAUGUUUAACUCAAAUAGCCAACCGCAGCAUCAGCUGAGCGCGCCAGCGAACCACCUUUACAGUUGUCUUGAGUGUACCCCACGAACCCAUGCACCGACAGUUUGUAGAAGCCAGAUAAUGUUUCCAUCAUGCAGUUGUAGGGGGUCAGCGGUUUACGGAUGCGGAUUGCGCAUGCUCCACGAACCAAGCUCUGUGCCUGUUCAAGUAAUAACGAGAUUUGUUUAGCAAUGUUUAGCACAGUCGCACGCUUUUGAUAUCGUUAUUUUUCAUUUGAAUAAAUUUCAUAACACGAUAUUAAAAAAUUGCCUUCGCUAUCGUGUGAACGUUUUCUACAAGAAUUGAAGAUUAAAAACUAAUCUGAGAACGAGAAAAUUUCUCGUGAGAACUUGCGACUCAAAGUCUACAUGCAUGUAUUUUACCACGAGAUAAAGACUUUUUGUCGAACAAAAGCGACAAUAAUAAAGUCACUCGAGAAAA